GUCGCUCGCGCGCGGUAGCUGUCAGACAGGGGAGCCGGAGAGGAGAGCGCACUCGCGGGCAGCUUCGUCCUCACACCCUCCGUCACUCGGCGCCUGCUUUGAGGCUUUUUGUUCCCGCUCCAACAGCCGUUCAGCUGCCCGGCGGAACCCGCAUUUUCACCGCAGCUCCCGCCUCCCCGUUACUCACAGUAGCGGCAAUUCUUCGGAGUUUACACCGGGAGAAGAAGCGCGAGAGACCGGGGAGCGACAUGGCUACGACGACGUGCACGCGCUUCACGGACGAAUACCAGCUGUACGAGGAGCUGGGAAAGGGAGCUUUUUCGGUGGUGCGCAGGUGUGUGAAGCUGUCCACAGGACAGGAGUACGCCGCCAAAAUAAUCAACACCAAGAAGUUAUCAGCCAGAGAUCAUCAGAAGUUGGAGAGAGAAGCUCGGAUUUGCCGCCUGUUGAAACAUCCCAACAUCGUGCGUCUUCAUGACAGCAUAUCAGAGGAGGGCUUCCACUACCUCCUGUUUGACCUAGUGACCGGAGGCGAACUUUUCGAGGACAUCGUCGCCAGAGAGUAUUACAGCGAGGCCGACGCCAGUCAUUGCAUCCAGCAGAUCCUGGAGGCGGUGCUUCACUGCCAUCAAAUGGGCGUGGUGCACCGAGACCUGAAGCCGGAAAACCUGCUCCUCGCAAGCAAAUGUAAGAACGCUGCAGUGAAGCUGGCAGACUUCGGCUUGGCCAUAGAAGUGCAGGGAGACCAGCAGGCCUGGUUCGGGUUUGCCGGGACGCCGGGGUACUUGUCCCCCGAGGUUCUGAGGAAGGAGGCCUACGGCAAACCCGUGGACAUCUGGGCCUGCGGCGUGAUCCUCUACAUCCUCCUGGUGGGGUACCCUCCCUUCUGGGACGAGGACCAGCACAAGCUGUACCAGCAGAUCAAGGCCGGGGCGUAUGAUUUCCCUUCCCCGGAGUGGGACACGGUCACCCCAGAAGCCAAAAACCUGAUCAACCAGAUGCUGACCAUCAAUCCGGUGAAGAGGAUCACGGCUCAGGAGGCCCUCAAGCACCCGUGGGUCUGCCAACGCUCCACAGUGGCAUCCAUGAUGCACCGACAGGAGACCGUGGAGUGUCUGAAGAAGUUCAACGCCAGAAGGAAACUCAAGGGGGCCAUCCUUACCACCAUGCUGGUUUCUCGAAAUUUCUCAGUUGGCAGCCGGCAGACCGCCGCUCCAGCCUCUGUGACGGCGGCCGCCGCAGCCGCGGCUGCAGCCGCCGGCACCACCGCAGGGCUGGUGGAACAAGCCAAGACCCUCCUCAACAAAAAGGCCGACGUGAAGAAACGCAAGUCCAGCUCUACUGUCCAGUAUUUGCCGCAGACAAACAGCACCAAAAACAGCAUAGUCACCAGCCCCAAAGGGAACCUCCCUUCACCUGCUCUGGAGCCUCAGACAACUGUCAUCCAUAAUCCAGUGGACGGGACAAAGGAAUCAUCCGACAGCAGCAACACCACCGUGGAGGAUGAAGAUGUGAAAGGGAAGAGUUUAGACAGCAGCUCACUUAAGGCUCAGUCCAGCUCCAUCUCCCAGCCUGACAGCUGCACUGCUGCUGCUCACUCCGCCGCGAAGCUCGCGGAUCUACUGAGCUCCGUACGGCGGGGCUCAGGGCCCGCUUCCGACCGGGAAGGGAGACCCAGCAGCCCACCCCCCGCUGCCCCCUCCCCUCCACAAACCCCCGCCAUCCCCAUGCAGAUGUCUCGGCUCACGGACCUGGUCAGCAGCGUUCGCAAGGCGCAGCCGGCCCCUGCUCCCGAGAGCAACUCUGUGCCGGCGUCGGCCCCAUCCUCCAAGCCCGCCCCACCGCCUGCACACACCACCCCCUCACCUCCCCCUCAGCCCCCCUCCAGCCCCCCCCUGCCUUCCUUCCCCCAGACGCGCAAACAGGAAAUCAUCAAGAUCACCGAGCAGCUGAUAGAGGCCAUCAACAACGGGGACUUCGACGCGUACGCGAAGAUCUGCGACCCGGGACUGACGUCCUUCGAGCCUGAAGCUCUGGGGAACCUGGUGGAGGGAAUGGACUUCCACAGAUUCUACUUCGAGAACCUUUUGGCCAAGAACAACAAGCCCAUCCACACCACCAUCCUGAACCCCCACGUGCAUCUGAUCGGCGAGGACGCCGCCUGCAUCGCCUACAUCCGUCUGACCCAGUUUGUGGACAACCAGGGUCGACCGCGGUCCAGCCAAUCGGAGGAGACGCGCGUGUGGCACCGCAGGGACAGCAAGUGGCAGAACAUCCACUUCCACUGCUCGGGCGCCCCCGCCGCGCCGCUCCAGUGAGGUCUGGAUCAGGAAGUCUGGCCUGUUGGGGGCGCUGUGCUGGGGAGCAGGAGGUGAAGGAACACGUGGGGGGGGGGGGGGGGGGGGCAGGGCCCCUCCAGGGAAACCCCUCCAUCACCGGAAUCCUGCCUCAAGCCCCCAGCAUGCAUCUCUCCUUUCACCGCCCGCCGUGUCUCCAUCAGCCGCUCCAGCUUCGUCACUCCGCCUCCACCCUGCGGGGGGGUGUCCACCCCCCCAACACAAUUUUUGUGACUCGGCCCCUUUGUGCUCCUGUGAACCCACACGUGUGCGACAUAAACACUGCACUGAAGUUUGUAAAGUUUGUAGUGUAGAUGAUCAUCGCUCUAUUCUGAUUAAUAUCACUGAUGUUACCAUGACGACACGACUGCAGUUGUAUUUGUAAUUUGUAUAAUGGAGGAUUUCUGAUGCCUGUGGUUUUUAAGGCGGAAACCUCUCUCUUUUUAAGGAAGCAUGUUUUUCCCUCACAUUCGCUGUUUUUUAUCGUGGCUCUUAAGUGGAAAAAAGGAUAACGGCAGAUUAUUUUGUCCUUCGCCGGGUUCAUGUUCGCUUUGCUUCAACGCCAGAAUUCCUAGUGAACAUGUUUGUUUGUCUUUUGGGUGGGGGUUACAGAGGCAUUUUAAACCGGCUGCAUCAAAGCAGACAGCUCGCAAGAACCGCCGAGUCAUGCUUACAGGAACCGCCAAGUCAUGCUCAGGAGAACCGCUGAGUCAUGCUGAUUAGAAAACCUGCUUAACAUAAGGUCUGAUGGUAAAAGUCAUAAUUCAUCAACCUGAUGGAUUCAUCAUAAGCUUCAAUACUAAGCGUCAAUAAAACGAAUCAUUUCA